CUUAGGUUGCCUACCCAUGGUGUAGACAAUACCGAGCCAAUGCUCUGGUCCACCUGGCCUAUACUAUAUUCUUGUGCCUCUGAAUAACCAUUGCUGGGGUGAUUUGGAGAGGCUCUUCUUGCCCUCCUGCCCUGUUUGUGGGCUCCUGGUUGUCGCCUAGGCUUGUGAAAGCCUGGAUGGGCUUUUGCUCUGACCCAGCAGGGCUCUACUUCAGACGUGGCAGAUAAAGCCCCGCUGCUGCGCUGAGCGAGCCCUGGACUUGACCGCACCACACCGUGUAGGGACCAAGUGGCCGACGUGCUUUUCAUUUAAGCGAGGGGUGGCGGGAGAAGCUGUCCUCGCCUAGCCGGAGUUUGGACACCUUAACCUUGGAAGCUAGCGGGAGGAUUCAAGGUGAUCCCCUCCUCUGCCCCGAGCGAGCCCGCCGCGGGGCUUCCCCGGCGUCGUGGUCGCGGCCGCCCCUUGGGCUUUGCACCUGCCGCGGGGAGGGCGGCCCGACGGAGGCGGCCAAGGACGGCCCCUCGGCCGGCGGUUGGCUCGGCGGGAAGCCCAUGCUAAUGAGCCCGCGGGUUUAUUGCACCUGCCCGGUCGGCUCGCUCUGCCGGGACUCUCCGCUCGCCAUGCCGCGCUCCUUCUUGGUCAAGAAGCCCUCCAGCACUCGCGUCCCCAACUACGGCCAGCUGGAGACGCGCCGUCAAGAAUCCAGUGGAUUGUGCCACUCCUGGAGAGGGGCAGCAUUCCCUGUCCUCAGUCAAGAUGGCACGCCUUGUCCGGCAGCCCCCUAUGAAGCUGGUAGCCUCUGGGACCACAAUUCUGCCAUUGCCUGCCUGUCCCCGCCUCUCCCACAGAGCAGUGAAGCCAAAGGGGAGCCCACAUCGAUCUCCCAAGUGGGUUCUGGGAGCAGCCCUGGUGGCAGCUGGGACUCUGCCACCCCUCUGCGUGAUAACCAGAACAACCUCAAUCUCCCGUUGGCAUUCAGCCUGUUCCAAAGGAGGACUCCCAACCUGGGCAGCCCAGCAGAGGGAAAUGGAGACAAACUGCAGGGGCCACAAGGCAUAGCUGCAGACCCCCUGGAGACAUUUGAGUGUCCGGACUGCCGCAAGGCCUACAGCACCUUCUCAGGCCUGGCCCGACACAGGCAGCAGCGCUGCAAGCUGCAGGCAACCACGGCAAGGAAGUAUUUCAACUGCAAGCACUGCGACAAGGAGUACGCCAGCCUGGGUGCUCUCAAGAUGCACAUCCGCACCCACACGCUGCCUUGCAUGUGCAAGAUCUGCGGUAAAGCCUUCUCCCGGCCCUGGCUGCUGCAGGGGCAUAUCCGGACACACACAGGUGAAAAGCCCUACGCCUGUUCGCACUGCAGCCGAGCCUUUGCCGACCGCUCCAACCUCCGCGCCCACCUGCAGACCCAUUCCGACAUCAAGAAAUACCAGUGCCACACCUGCCUGAAGACCUUCUCCCGGAUGUCCCUGCUCCUGAGGCAUGAGGAGACGGCCUGCUGCCCUGCUGCAACCUGAGAGCCAUGCUGAGCUUGGCUGGCUACCUGGAAAACGUAACCUGAGACCACUUGUGGAGGUUAGGAGGAGAGCCCCGGACAACUGAAGAUCUGCAGCAGUGGAGCCUGGAGUCGCGUCCUGCAGCAGAAGUUGGGUGUGUUUUCUUCUUCUUCUGAUUCAGAUUCUGCAACUGGGUGGUACCCACCACUCCAAAGAGUGUGUGGCUCGACCUCUUGGUUGCAGCAAGAUCUAGGUGCAUCUCAGUUUAGGAAACAGAAAGGUAUAUGGCCCCAUUCCUCUUGUGUGUUUUGAAAAAAACAGCAAAGGGGCCUCCAUAUUAGGCUGGUGUUAAAUCCCCUGGAGUUCUUCUGCAAAUGUGUCUCUGCCUCCUAUUGUGCUGUCGUUGAUCCAUCCAAAUGGUGUCAUUUGCAUGCUGGUGGUGCAUCCCCUUAGCUGCUAGCCUGCUUGGUCACUAGGGAGUUGAGGUGGCCUCUCAAUUUCUGCAUUGCUCUCUGGGAUGGUGUCAGGAGAAAACCCAGGACAAGAGAUCCUCUGCCUGAGUCCACCUUUGGGUCUUUUGCAUGAAAGCUCCCCAUUCUUGGAUGACUGUUAUCGGGGUGUCCUGCAUUCUUCCAGCUCCCCACCGCAGUUGCUUUGUGAGGACCUUCCCGUUUCCAGAAGCUUGCCUUCUGGUCUCCCAAAUUUCCAAAAGAGAGCAGGGAAUGAUUCCAGACUGGGCCUCCCCAGCUGCAAUGGCCAAAUAGUGAUGGCCUUCUCAAGCGCCUGUGGUGGGAGAGCUGCUGUGACUCCUGCUCAUCUGAUCCAAGGUCUGUUUCCAGGGACGUCAUACCAAUCAGUGUUUCCUGGGAGUACGGAGGCCUGGAGUGACCUUCAGCUGCCGCAAUUUACAGCUCCUCUUCCUUCCUCUGCCCAGCUUUCCCUUUUAAGCUUGAGUGGGUUUCCACGAACACUGAAGCUUUUGUAAAGAAUAAUCCACCUGGGCUUGGCAGAUCCUCAACACCACCCAUUUAAAUCUGUUCCCGUGAGGAAAUUUGUUGGUUGUUGUUUUCCAAGCUACUGGGUUGUAUCCAGUAUUGAUCAUACUGGGUAGACUCAUUUAAAUUAAUGGGCAUGACUACACUAGAUUUGUUACUUUCAGUGGGUCAGCGCUGAGUAAAACAUGAUUGGCUACACUUCAUUCCUUUUAUCUCUGCAAACCCCAUUCUCUUACUGCUUUCCCCUCAGCUUAAUAACUCCUUAAUGCACUUUAACCUCCUGUUUAAACUGCACAGCUGGAGGCAGUGUUGCUUCUGAAUACCAGUUGCUGGAAACCACAGGAAGGGAAGUGCUCUCUUGAGCUCAGGUCUUGCUUCCCACAGACAUCUGGUUGGCCACUGUGAGGACAGGAUGCUGACCUAGAUGGGCCACUGGCCUGAUCCAGCAGGCUCUUCUUAUGUUCUGCCUGCUGUUGAAGGGGUGAUGCAACAGGGGAGACAGUAGCAAGGGUGUCCCUUUGUCCCUUGUGUUCAUGUGUACAUUACCAAAAGCAAGGCCUGUACCACGCUUCCUAACUGCGGUAAAAAGAGAAUAUCCCCUGCUCCCAAGGAGGCAGAGCAAAGAAUUCUGGAUUAGCUUCAUAGAGAUUCACCUUCCUUGAACCUUUGGGGUGGGGUUGGGAGGAGGGGAGCUACAGAACAGUGACUUGGCAUUGCUAAAAGUAAAAAAAAAUGCUGCUGUUUCUCUCUGUUUUCUGUACAUUUUUUGUUGUUCCUUUGGGUUUGGAGAGCGCCUCAUGACACCCCCCACCUCCCCAAGAAAGCCCAAUAAAACUAUUCCAAAUAAUUUCAGUGACACCA